AUGUCCAUCCACACCAAGCGGCAGAACAAGGAGCAUGUGAUUGAGGCCCUGCACAGGGCUAAGUGCAAGUUCCCUGGCUGCCAGAAGAUCCACCUCUCAAAGAAGUGGGGCUUUACCAAGUUUAAUGUGGAUGAAUCUGAAGACAUGGUCAUUGAGAAGCAGCUCAUCCCAGAUGGUUGUGGGAUUAACUACAUCCCCAACCGUGUCCCCCUGGACAAGAAGUGUCAUGUGAUUCACCUCAGGAGCUGCUGCAUGAGUGGAAAUGCUCUCAGUGGUGGAGAAUGGACUGGAUCUCCGGCUGCCAUCCCGGUCAUCAAGAAGAAGCUAGUGGGAUCCGUGAAGUCAUUGCAGAAGCAGUAUGUGUCCCUGGACACGGUGGUCACUAGUGAAGACGGAGAUGCCAACACCAUGUGCAGUGCCCUGGAGGCUGUGUUUAUCCACGGCCUUCAUGCCAAGCACAUCCGAGCUGAAGCUGGAGGAAAGAAGAAGAAAAGUGCCCACCAGAAACCUCUGCCUCAGCCUGUCUUCUGGCCCCUUCUGAAAGCUGUCACCCACAAACACAUCAUCUCGGAAUUGGAGCAUCUGAUCUUUGUCAACACAGACGUGGGCCGCUGCCGGGCAUGGCUGCGGCUGGCCCUCAACGACGGCCUGAUGGAGUGCUACCUGAAACUGCUCCUCCAGGAGCAGGCCCGGCUGUGCGAGUACUAUCAGCCCACAGCCCUGCUUCGAGACGCCGAGGAGGGUUCAGAGGACAUUGAAGUCCAGCACUCAGGCCAUAAGAUCCAGCAGAGUAGGAAGCUCACUGCCUCCUCGCUCAGCCUGGACACAGCCGGUUCAUCGCAGCUGUCCUGCAGCCUAAACUCUGAUAGCUGCCUACUCCAAGAGAAUGACUCCAAGAGUCCAGACCAUUCUGAGGAGCCCAUGUCCUAUGACUCUGACCUGGGCAUAGCCAAUGCUGAUGAUUCAGACCGAUCUCUUCAAGAGGUGUUGUCGGAAUUCAGCAAAGCCCAGGUAAACUCUGUGCCAACCAACAGACUGAGCCAAGAAUUGGAGAUUCCCACGCUCCAAACCUUGCUGUCCCGCCACGGCCUCGACUCCAGCACACACCCACACUUUGAUGUGCCGGCAGAGCUCCUUCCUGCCCAAGCAUCCUCUGGGCCUCGCGAUGGUGGCCACAAGCAGCAGCUGCUUUCCCAGGUGCCUGGCACCCUGGAUUUGCAGCAGCCAGGCACUGCCCCAGCUGUCCCUGCAGAGAGCCAGGCCAGCAGCCUUCUAGUACCGGGAGAGACAACCAGAGCAGCCAGUCAACGGAGUGGCCUGCAGAAGGCCCUGGAGGAUGACAGAGCUGGGCCGAAGCUUGUGGUUUCCUCACCCACCAGCCCGGUGAGUGGGGCAAGCUGUUCGGGAGAAGGUCAUGGGGAAAUGUGUCCGAGCUGAUGCAGGGUUUCUCCAGCUAGUGACCCCGAGUGGUCUCUGCCUUCUCCCCAUAGCCUCCCCAUCCUUGUGGGGGGGAGUGUUAAUAGCAUUGAAACGAUGGCGCUGAUGUGUCUUGGUGGGUGAGUAGUGGAA